AUGCAUCGUUUCCUUGUCCCAAUUCAACAGAAGUCAGCAUUAAGGGAGGAGACAGGACCCAGCAAAAAACGUAGGAAAUAUGAUCCUGAAUACUUAAAGUUAGGUUUUACCUGGUCGGGGUCUGAGGCUGCACCGCUGCCGCAGUGUGUGGUCUGUAAGGAGGUGCUAGCGAAUGAUAGCAUGAGACCAUGCAAACUUCGGCGUCACAUUGAAACUAAGCACACAAAUCUAGUGAACAAGCCUGUUGAGUUUUUUGAGAGGAAGCGUGAUUAUUUGCAGUUACAAAAAAGCAUGAUCCAGUCAUUUGGCACUAUUAACAUAAAGGCGACAGAAGCAUCUUAUCGUGUUGCGCUACGUAUAGCAAAGGCAGUCAAAGCCCAUAACAUUGGCGAAACAUUGCUACUCCCUGCAGCUAGAGAUGUGUGUUCAGUGAUGCUGGGAGAAGCAGCUGCUGCUAAACUUGACUCGAUCCCUAUGUCUGAUAAUACCAUCCAGCGACGAAUAUCAGACAUGGCUUGUGAUGUCAAAGAGCAGGUCCUGGACGGUGUUCGUGAAAGCCCCUUUCACGCCAUUCAGCUGGAUGAGUCCACUGACGUCGCACACUGUGCUCAAUUGAUGGUGUACGUUCGGUUUAUCAGAGAGCUCAGUGUGCAGGAAGAUUUUUUGUUUUGCAUUUCCCUACCCACCCGCACAACAGCUGAUGAACUUUUCAAAGCCUUGAACAACUUUUACCAGGCUAAUUUCCUUGACUGGGGUCGGUGUUGUGGGAUAUGCACUGAUGGCGCAAGAUCAAUGACUGGUCGUCACAGCGGUCUCGUACAACGGGUUGAGGCAGUUGCCCCCGCGGCUGUGUGGAAGCACUGCAUUAUACAUCGCCAGGCAUUAGCAACAAAAAAGAUGCCCCACGAAUUGCGUGCCGUUCUUGAUGAUACUGUCAAAAUUGUAAAUUUAAUUAAAUCGUGUGCCUUAAACGCCCGUCUGUUCUCAAUCCUCUGCAAUGAGAUGGGCGCUCACUUCCAGCAGCUGCUCCUGCACUCCGAGGUCAGGUGGCUCUCUCGGGGCAAAGUCCUCGCCAGGCUGUGCGAUUUGCGUGAAGAAGUCCUCGUCUUUCUCACCGAGAUUAACUCCCCACUGGCAAAACAUCUGGCAGACAUGAACUGGCUUGCUAUGUUAGCCUAUCUCUCCGACAUCUUCGAUAGGAUCAACUCCCUCAACACCUCUCUCCAGGGCAAAGAGUGCCACGUCUUUUCGGCACACGACCAAGUGUCUGGGUUCAGGAAAAAGCUGGACUUGUGGUGUGCUCGUGUUGAACGAGGUUCGUUGGAAAUGUUUUCAACCCUGGAGGAUGUCGCGGAGAAGACAGGGCUGCCCCUUAACUCUGUACAACCGAUCAUCGCUGCGCAUUUAAAUGGGUUGCGUGACCAGUUUGGCGAGUAUUUCGGAGAGGACGCAUUGGGAAAUCAGUGGGUAAGAAAUCCGUUCUCUUUCCCCCACACACCCGGUGAUGGACUGAGCCUGCAAGAGGAGGAGGCCCUGAUCGAGCUCAGCUCGAAUAUGGACUUGAAGCAGAGACUGGGAGAAAUGCCGAUCACGCGUUUCUGGUUGUCUGUGGAGAGCGAGUUCCCCCAGAUCUCCACGAAGGCUAUGAAAGUCCUAAUCCCCUUCACCUCCACCUACUUGUGUGAAUGUGGGUUUUCCGCACUGACACUGAUUAAAAACAAAUACAGAUCAAGGCUGCAGGUGGAGGACGACAUGCGUUUGUUUUUCUCUGCAGUGCAGCCCCGCAUCGAACACCUCUGCGCAUCAAAAGCGAGGCCUCAUUGUUCCCACUGA